AUGUCCUCUCCAGCCAUCUCAGAAGUCCUCUCCCUCUACCGCUCGAUAUCCCGUCAAGCACGCCAAUUCUCAAACUACAACUUCCGAGAAUACGCCAAACGAAGGGCACGGGAUGCUUUCCGGGACAACAAAGCAGAGAGCGAUGCCAGACGGAUACAGGAGUUGAUGCAGAAGGGGUUGAAGGAGUUGCAGAUACUCAAGAGACAAACAGUAGUCAGCCAAUUCUUCCAGCUCGACCGGUUAGUAGUCGAGGGUGGCAAGGAAUUGAAACAGAAAGGGAACUCGGGUGGCAUGGUGCGGCAAAAGGAACAUGGAAAUAUUGCAGGCGUAAAUGCUUGGGAGACGAAAUGGGAGAUAACGCUACUCGGCCUUCAUGCUCUGGCAUUCAAUCUAAACGCGAAACGGAUGGUCAAAGUGUACUUCACAAGACGUUGA